AAAUGAAGAUGAAAAAAAACUAAAUAAUGAAAUAGAAAAACAAAAGGCUUUUGAACCUAUUACCAACGGAUUAAAAAAUGUUGAAGAAGCUGUUAGAAAAACCGAUGAUGAUAUUAAAGCAUUUUUAGUUCCUGUGAAACCGUUAACACAAACAUCAGAUUUUAUUAUUAAGCAACAAAAUAUGAUACAAAAUAGAGAUUUAGAAAUAGAAAUUAAAAAUUAA